AGUUGGAAGUACUCCUUUCGGUAGGACUUCCACGAGUGCUAUAGAAAGUAAUACGCGAGCAAAAUUCGACGUGAGCAAGGUUUGUGCCGAGGUCCACGAGGUUGUUCAGUUCCUCGAGCUAAAGUUUGGUGGAUGUUCAAGUAAUGAUUCCCGCGCAGUCCAGAACUGCAACUGCGGCUGUAUUUUUGACCUUCUGUGAACCAGCUCAUCCCGAGUCUCGUCACUGUUUUUCGGUAUAUAUAGAGGAUACGGGUUCCUACAAAUUCUUUCUUCAACAACAGCACGAUGCCCAACAUCUCCGACUCUAACCUCCCGAGCUACUGCCCUUGGCACUUUGCGCCAUCUCCUCCUCCACAGUCGCUCGUUCUCCCAGUCCCCGCUAUGGCGGCUGUCUUCGGAGACAACCCGACUGUUCAUGUUGUUGUGGUCCAAGACAUCCCGGGUGUCGAUUCCCCGACUUCUUCGUCAGGAAACGAUGCUGAGGCCUCUGCCUUGGCAGAAGAAUCGGCUGUACAUCGUCAGAUAUUGGAGUUGAUCGAGCAGUUGGUCAUAAACCGGAUUUAUGGCGUGGUUCGCACAGCUAUUGUUUUGUAUCUCAUUAACACUUCUCUGCGGAUGACGACUUGACUUCAAAACUCGAGUAUGUCUUUUCCC